GUAUAAAAGGGUGUCAAAAUGUGGAGUUUGGAUUGGGCAGCAUUGUGAUUAUCUUCCACAGCCUCACAGUCUCACUCUUACACCUAAAACCUGUAUCUCGCAACUUCCACUUUUCUUCCACCAUGACAAUUCUUGAGACUUGUACCUUGUACAGUGUUGGUUUUGGCAUUCCAUCCCUUUCUUCUGCUCGCCCCAAGUUUUGUUCUCAGAGCCAUGCCGCCAUACCUGCAGGGGAACCAUUGGCCAAAUCUGUUCCAAUGGCAAGAAAGUUCUCGGAGCAGCAUUCUUUGAAGAAGGGAGAUAUGGAGAAAGAAGGAAAUUCAGCUGUUUUCGAGAAAAAAGAUUUUGCAGUACCAAGGAGAAAGGCUAUGACCCUGAUAUUCUCCAGUUUUGUGCUCUCAAAUUAUGAAUUACCCAAAGUUGCUUAUGCUCAACCUGUUGAGUUCAGGGAAUAUAUUGAUACCUUUGACGGCUAUUCGUUUCUGUAUCCUCGAAACUGGAUUCAAGUGCGUGGUGCUGGUGCUGACAUAUUUUUCAGGGAUCCUCUUGUUUUAGAUGAAAAUCUUUCAGUGGAGAUAUCAUCUCCUUCAUCCUCUAAGUACAAAAGUGUAGAAGAUUUGGGUCCACCAGAAGAAGCUGGAAAGGGAGUCCUUAGACAAUAUUUGACUGAAUUUAUGUCCACUAGACUUGGUGUCAGACGCGAAUCAAGUGUUCUUUCUACUUCAUCAAGGGUAGCUGAUGAUGGCAAGUUGUAUUAUGAUGUUGAGGUGAAUAUCAAGUCUUACGCAAACAAUAACGAACUAGCUGUGAUGCCACAAGAUCGAGUUGCUCGUCUGGAAUGGGACAGGCGAUACCUUUCAGUCCUCGGAGUGGAAAACAACUGUUUAUAUGAAUUAAGAAUACAAACACCUGAAAAGGUAUUUGCCCAAGAGGAAAGUGACAUUCGUGCAAUUAUGGACUCCUUCAGAGUAAACAAAACUGCAGCUUGAUGGUUAACCUUUAUUCAAGAUUCAAAUUGAUAACAUGGGAACAUUGACGCCUAUUUAACUGUUGUUUUUUCUUAAGCUUAUACUAUUCUUUUUUCUCCAAAUUGUUAUUCCAUUGCUUUUUCUUGUGUA